GCUUCUAUGCAAAUCUAUGAGAGCAAGGGAGCUGAGGUUUACACUAACGGCAGUGCAGGACACAUGAAUGGCACAGAACUGACCAGGAUGAAAGAAGUGGAAUUUGAAAAGGGUCAUUCAGAGCCCAUGGGGGUCACUCUGAAGCUGAACGACAAACAAAGGUGCACUGUGGCCAGAAUACUGCACGGAGGCAUGAUCCACAGACAAGGCUCUUUGCACGAAGGAGAUGAAAUAGCAGAGAUCAACGGGAAAAGUGUGAUGAACCAAACUGUAGAUCAGCUCCAAAAGAUCCUGAAAGAAACAAACGGAGUAGUCACUAUGAAGAUCGUUCCCAACGUGCAGAGUCGAUCCCGAGCCUGUGAGGUGUACAUGCGGGCCCAGUUUGACUAUGACCCCGCUAAGGAUGACAUCAUCCCGUGCAAAGAGGCAGGUCUGAAGUUUGAAACUGGUGACAUCAUCCAGAUCAUCAACAAGCAGGACCCUAACUGGUGGCAGGGCAAAGUGGAAAGCAGCGUGGCUGACUUCGCCGGACUCAUCCCCUCCCAGGAGCUGCAGGAAUGGAGGGUGGCGAGUAAAAGCAAGGCCAGGCAGGGCAGCCAGUCCUGCAGCCCGUUUGGAAAGAAAAAGAAGUGCAAAGACAAGUACCUCGCCAAACACAGCUCCAUUUUUGACAAGCUGGAUGUGAUUUCUUAUGAGGAGGUUGUUCGGCUCCCUGCUUUCAAAAGGAAAACACUGGUGCUUAUCGGUGCACCUGGCGUAGGAAGGAGCCAUAUCAAAAAUGCACUAUUGACCAAAUACCCUGAGAAGUUCUCCUACCCUGCACCACACACCACCAGACCCCCACGUAAAGAGGAGGAGGAUGGACAGGAAUAUUACUUCAUCUCCAACGAAGCCAUGACCAAGUGCAUCUCAGGAAAUGAGCUCCUGGAGUACGGCAGCCACCAGGGAUUUAUGUUCGGUACCAAAAUUGAGACCAUCCAGAAGAUCCACGAGCAAGACCAAAUCUCUCUGCUGGAUGUAGAACCGCAGACCUUGAAAGUCUUGCGGACGGCUGACUUUGCACCUCUGGUGGUGUUCAUCGCUCCGACCACCACAUCUGCCCAGACGGAAAACCUGCUGAUGAUCCAGAAAGAGUCGGACGCCAUUUUGGCCACAUAUAGACACUUCUUUGAUGUGGUUCUCGUCAACAACGACGUGGAUGAAAGCGUGAAAGGUGUGGAGGAGGCCAUGGAGCGGGCCACCUCCACCCCCCAAUGGGUGCCUGUAUCCUGGGUGUACUGACAGAGGUCCGGCACCAGAGUAAUACCUUUUCUGUUUUAAAAAAGCAGUGCAAUAUCACUCCUUACACGACACGAGUUAGUGAUGUCCCAGGUGUGUAUGGGUUUACCUUUUUUAAUUGUCACUGAGAUUUUUCUUUUUUGCACAAAUGCAACCAAAAAAAAGCAAUAUGUGGAGAUGUUUAGAACCUCAUCAGGGUUGUUUUGCUUGAUUGUGUAGGCCCGUGUGCUUCAGGUUUUUUGGAAGGUCGAUGGGUAGUUUUGGUGAUGCACAUCUUUGCGAUUGUUGGGGAACGUGUGAAAAUGCAAAAUAGGACCACAACUGUGAAUGAAAUCCUCUUUUUAAAUGAGAGGAUUUUAUCAUGUUAAACAAUAUUUCUGGAUUCACUGUCUGUUAUUUUGUUUUCUCAUUAGAUUGUGCCAUGAAAUUGAGAUCUUGAAACGGUUUGUUCAGUGUGUGUAACUCCAUACGACUAUAAUGUCUUCUACACCAUGCCUUUUUGUCCGUCAUUCAAAACCUCACUUGUCUUGUCUCAUCAAAAUGGUAUACCUCAUGGGGUACUGUAAAGGCACUUUUAAACAAAAAAAUAAAUGUCCCAGCUCUGUUGAAACUCA